AUGAAGAUCGUCCACAGCGACGACCUCGAGGCCCGCGAGGGCGGCUCCUUGACGGUCGUCAUGGAGGAGUCCGACGACCUGUGGGUGCUCUACAACCUCGUGGACCCCGACGACACCGUGCGCUGCGGCACGCUGCGCAAGGUGAACAAGUCCGACAAGGCCGGCGCCAAGGCCGCGACGGAGAAGCGGCGCGUGACGCUGAGCGUGCGCGCCAUCGCGUCGGAGUACGACGGCAUCGCCGACGUCGUCCGCGUGUCCGGCGUCAACGUCGCCGAGAACGACUACGUGAAGAUGGGCGCGCACCACACGCUCGAGGUCGGCGUC